UUCCGUGGUGAUUGGUUGGUACUGGAUGACAUCACUAACUCUCAUCCGCAUUAAAUUCCUUGAAAAGACGUCGAGAUCUCGUUCAACAUCUGGCGACUCACAAAAACUCCAGUGAAAAGAGGCUCAGUUUCGUUAGCAGUCAGGCGGAAAUGGCUGCUGUACUCACGAGUGGUGGGGGCCUCGCGUGCUCAAAGCGCGUGACUGGGAGAGCAGAGUAGCUGGAACAUGAGGAGAGCACUUUUAACAGGGAUAAGGAGAAACUACGCAGUGUGAACCAACUGGAUUUUGAUGUUUUUCCUUUUGCCCUGAUAUGCAUCUUUAAUAAUCAUGCAACAUGAAUGUAACUAACAGCACAGGAGCGGACGGAUCUGCGCCCUGGAACUUUACCGGUUCUCUUAGUAACUUGUCAAGUAAUGAUAAUCUCAGCUGUGACAAAAGCAGCACAAAUGGCUCGUGUACAGCUGCUGAGGUCACUGGAAGCCCAUACAAGACAGUGGAGAUGGUCUUCAUUGCAUUGGUUACUGGAUCAAUCAGCUUUGUCACCGUGGUGGGUAACAUCCUGGUGAUGCUGUCAAUCAAAGUCAACCGACACCUCCAGACUGUCAACAAUUAUUUCUUGUUCAGCUUGGCAUGUGCAGACCUCAUCAUUGGUGUGUUCUCAAUGAAUCUCUACACUGUAUAUAUCUUGAAGGGCUACUGGCCACUUGGCCCUGUGGUGUGUGACCUUUGGUUGGCUCUUGACUAUGUUGUCAGCAAUGCCUCUGUCAUGAAUCUGCUGAUCAUCAGCUUUGAUCGCUAUUUUUGUGUAACCAAACCACUAACGUACCCAACACGUCGCACAACCAAGAUGGCUGGUCUGAUGAUUGCCUCAGCCUGGAUCCUCUCCUUCAUCCUGUGGGCUCCUGCUAUUCUCUUCUGGCAGUUUAUUGUAGGGGAACGUACUGUGGAACCGGGAGCAUGCUAUAUCCAGUUUCUCUCUAACCCUGUGGUCACAUUUGGCACAGCAAUUGCUGCGUUCUAUCUUCCAGUGGUCAUAAUGACAGUGCUGUACAUUCACAUCUCCUUAGCUAGCCGCAGCCGUGUGUCAAAGCAAAAGCCGGAAGCUAAGAAGGAGAAGAAAGGCUUGAGGUCUGCUGGACUGCUGAAGAGUCACAUACUAAGGCAGAACAACAAUAAUCAGUCUCCUCCCAAGCCCAGCCUGGAUACAUGCAGCACAGCAGAAACCAUGAAAAAUGGACAGCUAGAUGAGUCCAUGGUCCCCAAUAAAGCUGAUGGCAACAUGCAGCAUGAGGAGAAGGAGAGCUCAAAUGAUUCCAGCACAGCCAGCAUUGCACCCAAAGAACCCAAGGAAAGAGCCAACAAUGAAAGCACCUCACAGAAAGGUCUGACAUCUGGUCUUGCCCCUAUUCCCAAAAUCAACCCAGCCUCUAAAUGGUCCAAGAUCAAGAUUGUCACCAAGCAGGCAGGAGAUGAGUGCAUCACAGCUAUCGAGAUAAUUCCCCCAGAAAGUGGCACAGAGGGCCGCUCUAUCCCAAUCAACCGGCCACGCACAGUGGUACGCAAGUUCGCCAGCAUUGCCCGCAGCCAGGUGAAAAGGAAAAGACAGAUGGCAGCCCGUGAGAAGAAAGUGACAAAGACAAUCUUCGCCAUCCUUCUGGCCUUCAUCAUUACAUGGACACCAUAUAAUGUGAUGGUCCUUAUCAGCACGUUCUGUCAGUCGUGUGUGCCGGACACAGUCUGGGCCAUUGGCUACUGGCUUUGCUAUGUCAACAGCACCAUAAACCCAGCCUGCUAUGCUCUGUGCAAUGCCACCUUUAAAAAGACCUUCAAGAACCUUCUCAUGUGCCAGUACAAAAACAUUGGAACCAGGUGAACUGGAUCUACUCCAAUGGAUUCCAAUGGAUAAUUGGGUUGUCCCCAGUAUUCUAGCCCAAAGUCUCUGAUGCACUGGAAUCUGGACUGUAUCUUGUAGUAUCGUGUAUGAGGCUUUGAUGCGUAGUGCAUUGUGCAGUUUCAUUCCAGAACUGUAAAAAAAAAAAAGAAAAAAAGAAAAAGAAAAAAGAAAAAAAAUGAAAAAAAUGAAAGGUUGAUUCUACAGACUGUACACUUGGUUGUAUGAACAUUAGAUCAGAGGAUCUCAUCUGCUGCUGAUAAAUACAUUUGUAUAUAAUGUUGCUCUGCUUAUAUGCACUGCCAAGUCCAUCACCAAAUCAUAUGAUGUGCAUUAAUUGAAUGAAAGGACCAAAAAAAGGUCAUAUAAUGUUCAUUGGUGCAGAAAGAUAAUCCAAAACAUGCACAUUAAAAAAAAUCAAGUUGUUUUUUAAACUUUGGCAAGUCUAGUAUUAGAACAAUAAUAUUACUAAAAGUGUUAACAGUGUGUCUGUUCAUGCUAAGGACAAAUACUGAUAUGCCACUUGUGUUUGAUAAAGACAAUGUAACACUGAGGAAUAUUGAUGAAAUGUGGUGAGAAAUGCUUUUCCAAGAUUAGAUCUCAACUUGUUAUGAUGAAAAGAACAGUCCAUCUAUAAAAGGGCAUGUCUGUAUGAGACAAAGCUAUGGCAUUUUUAACUAGGUGAGGGUGAGUGUGUGUGUGUGUGUGUGUGU